AUGAGUUUCUUUUCAAUUUUGCAGUCUGUCAUUCGUAAGGUUCUGAAAAAAUCAACUGUACAAGCAAGGAAAGUGUCAAGUACGAACCACCUGCCUUACUUAACGGCACAGCGGCAGACCAGCACGCAGGCGUUCGCAGACCCUGUGCGCCAUAAUGGCCCUACGGCUUUUGUAUUUGAAUUUCGUCUAGAGGAAACUCUUCGUUCAAGUUAUCAAAUGGAUGAUUUCUUCAGAUUCGAAAACGACAUACUUAUGGUAAAAAUGGAGCCAAGUACAUCCAUGAAUUGCGAGGCUUUGCAAACCACCUCAAGAUGCUUUUAA